AUGUCCGCCUCGAAUCGCGCAUCCUACCUUUCCGCAGCCCCUCAAUGCCCCCGUCCCGAAGCCUCGACACCUGUGCCCUCCCUCCUUCCCUACAUCGACUUCUUCUCCGUGCAAUUCUACAACAAUCCAUCCUGUCAACUUGGCCUAUCAAGCCAGUCCACCGCGAUCAAUGAGGGCUUCUUUACCAGUCUACAGGAGUGGUCAAAUGACAUUCUCGCCGUCCAACCCGCGGGUUCCGGUUCUAGCUCAUGGAUCAGACGCACAACGGGUUCUUUCGUCGACAUCAAUAAUGGUAUAGCUUCACCAAGACUUCUGAUCGGAACUCCCGCGUUCUCAAGAGCAGGAACUGGUUAUGUCGAUGUACCAAUGUAUCAGACGAUUCUCCAGAGGGUCAAGGGUAUGAAUCUGCCCAACCUGGCUGGCUCCAUGUUUUGGGACGGCGCGUAUCAGGAAGUUAUUGCGACGGUCGUCAAUGGCGUCAACAGUACGUUCACGCAAAUUGUCAAGCAAAUGUUGGGUUAA